AUGCAGCAGUAUACAUACAGCGGCCACGUCCACGGAAGCUGGCCAACCCCAAGCAACUCUGCGUAUAGCGUCAGUUCAGGCUCGGCACAGCAACCUGCUCCUAUGCAGAAUCCCGGUGGAUCGUCCUAUCCCGUCAAUCCCGCCAACGGCACUCAGCCGCCUCUGGGAACAGCUCCCUAUGGCGGGCGGUCAUCAUCGAUGUAUAGCCAGCCCGGCUUGCCAUACGGGAACCAGCGUAGUUCGCAGUCUCCGGCCACUGGGGGAGAUGGACUAUCAGCUCAACCAUACGACCACCACUCGUUCCAGUCCUCUGCAGGCCAGGACGGCCACUCUGGGAACUUGAUGGCUGCUCCCCACGUCACACAAGCGCCGGGGACCUCCAACUCUUCCGCCCAUGUUGACUCUUAUACGCACAGCAGACCUUCCAUUAGCGGGCCGAGCUACUCCUCCUCAUCGGCCCCUCAGCAUCAGUCGAGCUUCCCCUACGCGACCCAACCCGCGCACCCGAGCCAUUCGCCCACCGGGGCAGCGUCACUUCCUAGAGGCUUGGGAUCUCUCUCCGGCCAGCAGCCUCUCCCGUCCAUGGCACAUCCCGGCUCCUACAGGUCCUAUCAAACGUAUCCACCGCUGUCAACCAUGGGUGGGCCUGUCAUGUCCAACAUCCACCAGCCUGGCAGCCAGCUCUCGAUGAUUCCUGGCAGUAUGGUUCCCGCUGGAUACGGUGCUUCUGCUAUGAUGUAUUCGCAUCCGCCGCCGCAGCCACAGUCAGAGCGCCCGUUCAAGUGCGAUCAGUGUGUCCAAUCUUUUAGUCGUAAUCACGAUCUGAAGCGUCACAAGAGGAUCCAUCUUGCCGUCAAGCCAUUUCCAUGCACGUUCUGCAGUAAGAGCUUUUCACGGAAGGAUGCUCUCAAGCGUCACCGAUUAGUCAAAGGCUGCGAGAACAAGAGCCACGAGAAUCAGGUAGCGGCUGAGAACGGAGGUAGCCGUGGUGGGGAGAUUGAUGACGAUGCCAGGAGAAACUAG